AUGCAUUUCUGGAACAAAGUGAUUGGAUGUAAUAGAGGUGAAGGCAAAAUAGUUGUUAGCCCUCACAUGAAAUUGCCUUGUCACCUCCUCAUGGAAAAUGUUCCUGUGUACUAUUUCUGGCAAGAAGAUACAGACGAUCAGCCCUGCUUCGUGCGCCUAUCCCCCACAAUUUUGAAAGCAUACCAUGACACGUGUGACUCUCUCAAUAAGACGGAGGUCUUUGGUAAUGAAAUGGUGGGAUUCCAGGAUGACAUCACCACCAUCAAGCAGUACAAUGAAUUCUUCCAGCUGAAACACACGCCUAACUCCAGGCUUUCCCUCUCUUUCUCUGACAUUCCCCCAGAUGCUGUCGUUUACAUUUGCGACUUCGAAGGGUGGUCCACAAGGCUCAUAAUGGAUGCUUCCCUUAUCGGGGACUAUCUAGCAAGAUACCACUCCUGCAUCAAAACAGACGAGAACACUUCCUACGUUACCAUUUGGCAUUGGAAACCAUGCCAUUCACUCACCAGAGGCACUCAAUGUGCAGGCCAAUGGGGAGCAGGCUUUAGCCAGGAAGCUCGAAGGGGAGACUGGGAGAUUUGUGAACUGUUUAAAGCAGUACAUGCCCCUAUAGGCAAGGCACACUUCGAUGAGUGUGGGAGGAUAACUCUAGUCAGUAGGCUGGGUGACGUUUACGAAGGCAAGACAGGAAGCCCCAUGGACACAGAGUCACAACACAAUCAACAGGUCCUGCCUCGUCCUAGUUGGGUACCAGCCACACACCCACAGCUAGCAGUGCCAGUCCCAACCUCACCACUCAAUAUGGCCUCAAGAUGGGUGCAGUCAAUGAUAGCACCAUUGAGCCUUCCCAGGUCCAGGGCCUCUUCAGCAGCAUGUCAUUCACGCAGCUCAGGCGACCAUGACUUUCAUCGAUGUUCUGCAUCUCCAGAACAUAGCCAGGCUGAGCCAAAGGACCAACUACCAGAGUGGCGAGCCUCCUACAUCAAGGAGCUAUGCACCUUGGGGGGCCAGUACGCUAAUGACGCUGCCAUCUGGGCUAGUAAGAAGCCCUUGUCUUGGAACCUGGACUACCUCGACAUUGGAUACUUGUUGCUGCCAGACUUGAGGGUGCAAGCACAUCUAUGCUACUGGGCUGCUUGUUUGCAGGAUGCAUCAACAUUGGCCAGGAUUCUUUUCAAGGCAGUCACCCAUGGCAUCCCUUUUGGUAUCGGUGUUGGAGAGGUGCUGAGUGACACAGAGAGCAUGUAG